UGGUGUCCUUGCCGCGUCCUCCAGCUGCUCUGCCCGUCCGUGCUGCUGCUGGCCCCCUGUCUCUCGCCCUCCGCCUCCUCUCUGUGGGCAACAGCUUCUUUUGUAUCUCCACAGAACGUCACCAUGUCCAUCUUGAAGAUUCAUGCCCGUGAAAUAUUUGAUUCGCGUGGUAACCCCACUGUAGAGGUGGACUUGUAUACUGGAAAAGGUCUGUUCAGAGCAGCAGUCCCCAGUGGUGCAUCCACUGGCAUUUAUGAAGCACUAGAACUUCGAGAUGGUGACAAGACGCGAUUUUUGGGCAAAGGAGUUACAAAAGCUGUUGAUAACAUCAAUACAUUAAUAGCACCUGAGCUGAUUAAGCAGCAUGUAAAUGUUAUCGAACAGGAGAAAAUUGACAAGCUGAUGCUGGCAAUGGAUGGCACAGAGAAUAAAUCUAAAUAUGGGGCCAACGCUAUUCUGGGCGUUUCGCUGGCUGUGUGUAAAGCUGGAGCUGCGGAGAAAGGAGUGCCCCUUUAUCGUCACAUUUCCCAUCUUGCGGGCAACACACAGGUCAUCCUGCCUGUUCCGGCCUUCAAUGUGAUAAAUGGUGGAUCUCAUGCUGGUAACAAGUUGGCCAUGCAGGAGUUCAUGAUCCUACCGAUUGGUGCUGCCAACUUCAGGGAAGCCAUGCGCAUUGGCGCUGAGGUGUACCACAACUUGAAGAAUGUCAUCAAGGACAAGUAUGGGAGGGAUGCAAUUAAUGUUGGUGAUGAGGGCGGAUUUGCACCCAACAUCUUGGAAAACAAGGAAGCUUUAGAACUGCUGAAACUCGCCAUUGAGAAAGCUGGCUAUUCGGACAAGGUUGUGAUUGGAAUGGAUAUAGCAGCCUCCGAAUUCUUCCGUGAUGGGAAAUAUGACUUGGAUUUCAAAUCCCCACCUAAUCCCAACCGUUACGUUACCCAUGACAAGCUGAUUGAACUUUACUCGAGUUUCAUUAAAAAUUACCCUGUUGUCUCUAUCGAGGAUCCUUUUGACCAAGAUGAUUGGGCAGCCUGGAAACAAUUCACAGCUCAAACGACAAUCCAGGUGGUUGGUGACGACUUGCUUGUGACAAAUCCCACUCGUAUUGCGAAAGCUGUUGCAGAGGGAGCCUGCAACUGCUUGCUACUCAAAGUGAACCAGAUUGGCUCCGUCACCGAGUCCAUUGAAGCAUGUAAGCUGGCCCAAUCAAAUGGAUGGGGUGUAAUGGUGAGCCAUCGUUCUGGAGAGACUGAAGAUACUUUCAUUGCUGACCUGGUUGUUGGGCUUUGCACUGGACAGAUCAAGACUGGAGCUCCUUGCAGGUCAGAACGCCUGGCUAAAUACAAUCAGUUAAUGAGAAUUGAAGAGGAGCUUGGGCAGAUGGCUUGCUUUGCUGGCAGAAGUUUCCAGAACCCUCUUGCCAAAUAAAGCGGGCAGCAUGUUUUCUGUCAACAAUAACCAGUGUUUAGAGCAGCUUUCACUUUGUUCCUCCUGUACCAGCAGAAUUGACGUUUGUUUUUGUACUGUCACUGUUGCAGAAUUACUGUUCUAGUAGAGGAAAGGGAAAUGUGUCAAGUUUUUUGAUGUGUUCCUUUCUCUAGAAGAGACAAAAUAAAUGCAAGGCUUAAACCAUCAUGUGCAUUUGCUAUGCUUAACACAAAAGGCACUCUAGAUGUUGAAUAUUAAUGAAUUUAAAUGUUCCUGCUUUUGUGAUGUUGCACUUGUUAGGUUAAGAAUCUCUGUGAAUACAUUCUCAGAAGGCUUUUCGAAUUGAGAUUGCACUCAUCAUCAUCUCCAUUGUAGUUGGCCCACUUGGGAAGAAGGGUCUGAUACAGCACAAGGAUUGCACUUGGUUUGGUCAACAGUCCGGGUUUAAGCAGCUGAUCUCAAAUUUUGUCCCCACUUGCUCCGUGAUGACCUGGACAUCCAGCUUGUUGGCCUUCACAUCAGCCAGGCUUGGCUCCCAUGUCCUUCAGAGUAGGUGCCACCACAGACUGUCUAAAUUUUGGGCAAGAUACCAGAAACCUGGGAUCUGAAGUACAUGGAGGCUGAAAAGUACCCCAGCAGCCAGAUUGCCAGUUUCGUGGUGCCAUCCCAGCUCUGGGUCAUUUUAACAGUGGCAACAUUCGGGUGUGUCAGGGAUACCCACCAGGUUGCUGGUCAGGGUUUUAAUGCAGAGUAUUAAAGGCACAAAGGCUACUCUGUAUAUCAUGUCUGCACCUGCCUCCCUCUGGCGAGCAGUAUGAUUUAGUACCAUUCUCCUGCCUUUCCCCAUAUAACCAUCCCCCCCCUACACACACACACACACACACACACACACACACACAGUUUCUAUUGAAAUACUCAUCAAAUUCCCUCUUGAAUGUCUCAAUGGGUUCUGCUUCGCCACACAUGCAGGCAGUGCAUCCCAGACCUGAACCAUUCAUUCUGUGAGAGUUUUCUUUCCUCAAUUACAUUUACAAAUUACUUUAACUUGGCACCACUCAAUCUUUUUACAGGCAGGAACUGUUUUUCCUGAUCUCCUCUAUCCAAUCCUUUCAAGAUUUUGAAAACUUCUAUCAGAUAUCCUCUAAGUUGUCACCUCAUCAAGGAGAACAGUCCCAAUCUGUCCUUGUAACUAAAGGUUCUUAGCCCAGAACCAUUUUCUUUCUGCACUCUGUCCAAAGCAUGCCCAGAACUGUACUCCAUCUAAGGUCUAAUAAGUGUCCUGUAUAAGUUCAGUAUAAACUCCUUGCCCUUGUGCUUUAGGCCAGGCAGCAUCCGAGGAACAGCAGAAUCGACGUUUCGGGCAUAAACCCUUCUUCAGGAGUCCCGAACGUCACAUCUCCUGCUCCUCAGAUGCUGACCUGGCCUGCUGUGUUUUUCCAGCACCACAUUUUUCAACUCUAGUACUCCUGCAUCUGCAGUCCUCACUUUCUCCCAGUAUUUUAGGUCCCUGUUAAUAAAGUAUUCUGCAUCCAGGAGUUUAUUGUCCGGUCAUCUUCACUGACCUGUGCAGAUAUAAACAGAGGUCCCUCUGCUCCUGCAGCCUCUAAAGUAUUGUACAACUUACUUUACAUCAUCUGUCCAUGCUCUUAAAUGCAAAAUGCAUCACCUCACAACUGAGGAUUGGUUAACACAGAACAUAGAGUCAUGAUUAAUGGGUCUUUUUCAGAUUGGAAAAAUGUAACUAGUGGAGUGACACAGGGAUCAGAAACAAAAAUAGAAAUUGUUGGAAAGGCUCAGCAGGCCUCUCAGCAUCUGUGGAGAGAAAUCCGAGUUAACGUUUCAGAUCGAAUGACCCUUCCUCAGAGCACAAAGAUCAGUCCUGGGCCCUCAUGUGGACAAACUGAAGUUUGAUAGUGGUUUAGUAUAACCUCCCUACAUUUCAGUUCUAUCCCAGUGGAAAUAAAAUACAGUCAGUGCUGAUAUAUUACACAAUAAUUCUGUUCUUGUGCAGUCUCACGCUAUGAGAAAAUCACGCAAUAGCCGCAUCAUUUAACUUAAUGGGACCGCAAUCAUGGUAUAGCCAAUACAGAGUAAGGAAAGUUUGUGUUCAAAAAUAACGGUCCGAAUUCUUCAAUUGCGUUAUAGCAAAUUUGCACUGAGGAAACACGCAUUAUAGCAGGACAGACUGUAUUUACUGUUCUUUAAUGACUUUGCUAAUUUGUGGUGUGAUUUAUGGUGAUUUGGAAUAUUUUUAAGCUGAGAUCCCGCUGGUCCUCAACUCCACCUAGACUCUCAUGUUCCAUGCAUUAAGUAACUCCAUGUUCCUCUUCUUACCAAAGUAACAUGUGUUGAACUUUGGCCUAUUCUACUCAAUUUCUCCACCUAUGAGAGUCCUCUCAACCCAGGAAGCAAACUGGUGGACCUUGCUGUGCUCCAUCCAUGAGUCAUUAUGUCCUUCGCUGGGUAAUGAGACCAAAGAGCCAUCGCUAUUUCCUCCCUAUCUACAAUGGCCUGAAGUUAUAUAGUGACAGCAAAUGUACCUGGUAUUUGAAACUUUAAGUGAAUGCUAACACACAGGAACAGGAUAGUCCCCAGGUUGUGAACAGAUUCCAUUUUCAAGUCUAUUAACAAGUUGAUUUGUUCACAAGUCAGAACACAAUGCAGAACAAUACAAAGGAGCCAUUCAUUAGUACAGGAAAUGUUCGUACGUCAGAUCUUUAAAAUGAGAUUGUAUUCAUAUGCAAGCAUUUGUAAAUCGAAGACUCCCAGUCUUGAAGGAUACCCUUUACCAAGCAUUUAUGCCAACUGUGAAAGCAUUAUGAUUUGGAGUUGCCAGUGUUGGACUGGGGUGUACAA